AUGAUGAGAUACGAAACGACGAAUUUCGACGAAUUAAUGGAAGCGUCGAGAUUUGGAUUUCAAAGUGGUAGUAUUCAAGGAUACGACAAAGGGAAUCAUCGAAUAUGGUCACCUAGCGAGCUCGGGGACGAAUGGCUGGACCAUGUCUAUGUCGAUACCCGGGCGGAAAACGACAUCCAGUUCUCUCGAGUAGUCCCAGCUGUCUGGCCGCCAAUGAAGGGGUGGCCAGCUCUCGGCUAUGCAUCCUCUUUCCCUUCAUCCUCUUUUAACCCAUUCGCCGAUGAUGAAGAGCUUCUUGGUCCUCUGCAAGACAAUGAUUCUGACAAUGAAACCGAUUCAUUCAGCAACGCGCCGUCUACACCCGCUGCAACCAUAGUCGUGCCUCGAAGCUCAUAUCUCAAAAGUACGUCCCCAUAUCAGUCCAAGUGUUCCCCACGUGUCGAGAUGGAGAUUACGGAGAUGAGAUCGACGUUCGAUAUUGGCGAAGAUGGGAAGCUGAGUGGCGUUCGUGAGGCAAGCGUCCGUUUGAAAGCCUUGGCACCGAAGGCAUUGAACCAGAUAGACUUGAAGGACGACGACGACAGACUUAUAGACGUUGUCGCUAUCAACGACGUGGACAGGUUCCUUAGUCGGACAGCGACUCCAACGUGGAGCUGGGAGCAGGAUCCUAAACGGUCGUCUUUGGAAAAACUGAAGCAGCUGGUGUAUACUAGGUAUAGUCACAAGAGAGAAGAAGCAGAAUCAUUGAGAGCAUUCAAAUAUGGCAGCUGUUUCUGA